AACGCUCCAGGAACUAUGACCAUCCGCGUUCUCAAGGACAAAGGAAAUAUAAGCUAUUCGCUUCCGGUUCGUGUGCACAACAUCGAAAUUCUAAGGGUUCGCGGUGCGCCGACGCGCACUGGAUUCCGCUUAAGUACCCAUACGUCUGGACCAAAAAAUAAUUGCGCAGUUUUCGUGGUGGUUCGACAAGGAGAGGAAAAAAGAAGGAGCGAACAAGAGAUAUGUCACGAUCGCAAAAUAAUGUUUGACGGCGAAGAUUUCGAUCUCGAUGAGGACUUCCUCAAUGACAUUGGUCGCAAGGAAGAAGAGUAUUAUUCCCAAAGAACUGAAUCGGAGAGGAAUUCUCCCAAACGUAGAAAAAUUGUAGAGAGCGAAUAUCCCACUGAUUCGAGCUCCGACGAAGAACCGGACUUUGCAAGAUUUCCAUCAAAGUCUAUCGAGCCAGUGGCAGGAAGGAGUGAGAGCGGGAAUCGUGAGGUCUCACAGAAAAUAAUAACUACCAAUAACGAUUUGAGGAAAAGUGAAUCAUUCAGCAAGGAAAAUAAUUGGAAUGUUAUUGACGCCGCAAAAAAUACAGAAAAAAACUUACAAGUUUCGGUCAAAAGUGGAUCUAUCGAAAAUGCGGAAAUAUCCAGAAAAACCUUGGCUCUGGAAAUACUGAAGAAAGGUUCCACGACUCAAGAUAGUGAUCGCAUAGAAAAAAUUCUUACAGCUUCCCCAACGAGGCCAAAUCCGCUGACGCCAAUACCAGCUUCUAACGAGAAAAAUUCACGGGUCAACGAAGAGCAGAAACGGAGGGAGGCUUUACUGGAAUUGUUCAAAAAGCCUUAUCCCAAAGCAUCGAAAUCUUCUAGCAAAUCAGGCCUAACGAGUUGGAACGCCUCAUCGGCAACAAAGCCGAAUGCCCAGGUGGAAAAAUCGUCCUUCAAUGAGAAAAACUCACAGGCCGACGAUUCGGGUGUGCAGAACCGAAGAAAAAGUCUACUGGAAUCGUUUAAAAAGCCUUACUCCAAAGGUUCCAAAUCCCCAAAUAAAUUUGGGGAGAAACCAGCGUCGACGACAUAUUUACCAAAUGAUCGUUUAUUGGCCGCUCCCAGGCUGCCCCUAGUCAGAAAGUUCCCAGGUCCGGCGGGUCUUCUUCCGGACUGUCCGGAUUUCAAUUUUGAGACGGGGAAUUAUUUGAAUUGUCUGGAGGAGCGCAAUGUCGAGAUGGCGAAAGAGGACGACCCGGGCAUCACCGAAUAUUUUUCUCAAAACACAGAGAAAUUGUUUAGCGCAGGCGCUUGGCAAUCGAUGCUCGACGAUUUGCCGAGUGGUUUUCUCCGCGGACACGAUAUCGCGACGAUUAAAAAAACAGCAAAAAGUAACUCGAGAGUAUCGCUCCUAGCGGGCGUCAUCGCGAGGAUCGAUCACAGCCGGCAAAAUCCUCGCCUCAUAUUGAAAGAUUUGAGCGAUUCGAUCGAGGCGACGAUGCAUCCUGACAUACUUCUCGCCCACCCGAGCAUUUUCGAGCCCGGUGUCGUCGUGCUUCUUCGUCAUGCGGGGGUUCUGGGCUUCCAAACCUCGCCAAUUUUCCCAACUCUCCAAUUCCACGUUAUGAUCGCAGCAAAAAACAUCGUUGCUGUCUAUUCGGAAAAAACAAGAAUCGUAACGAGUCCCUGGAUGGAAUCGAUUCUCCGAAACGACGGAGAUACACAGAUAUCCAACAAAUCUCCUACGAGGCAAAUCGAAAAUUUUUCAAUGGACGAUGACGACAUCGAUAUGAGCGGCUUCGAGAGCGACGAGGAUGAUAACUUGGCAAAUUUCGACAUCGAUGAUUUCACGAAUUCCCAAAUCACCGCAAACUCCGCAAUAUUUUCAUCGAAAAAGCACGCUGAGAUCGAUAAGAGCGAGGCAAGCAACGAGAUUAAAGGAAACGUUGAGCAACCCGGAGGAAAUCCCUCGAGCGUGAGAGACGCCGAAGAAUUCGUAACUGGGCCGAGCUCGAGUGCGAUAAGAAUGGACAAAAACCCAAGCGAAUCUAGGACAAAGAAAAUGGACGAGUUUGGAUCACGGACCGUGCAAUUCGGAAGCAGUGACGAUCAGAGGUCACAAGUUGGUGAAAACGUCGGCGAGCCUCCUCGUCGAUCCGACGAACGACUCCUCGCUCCCGUCGAAGAACAUUCGCAGGCAGAAAAUACUUCGAAUUCAAGAGGUUUCGGUGAUGCUCUAAUGGACAGCGAUAACGACACGGAAGACGAGAUAUUGUCGCAACUCGACGUCGAUUCCAUUUUAACGAGCUACAACUCGAAGGCGUGAACUCCAUCAAUUUUAAUAUCCAUUCCGACAGCUUCUCGACAAAGAAACUUGUAAAUAAUUCAUCGCGUUAAUUAGUUUCAUAAUACAAUUAUAUUUAUUUAUCUGACAUCGAGCGUUUGCAACGUUGGAAGGAAGAACCGUGUUAUUAUUGUGGAACACCAAUAUUCGCUCUAGCUUACCAAUUGUUGCUCAAAUUUAGCCUCCCUUCGCACAUACGUUUUUCGUCAAAAAUUUCAUUCCCCAAAGUCGCCAUACUUAACAACGAAUUUUUCUUUAAAAACUACCAAUUUGUGAUUUCAUCGUCCGAGCUGAUAUUGUCGAUAUCCUGAAAAAAGACUGUCAAUAAGUUUUUGGUUCCGCCGAGUGCCGGGAUUUCGAUGGAAAAAAAUAUUUGAUCGAGGAUUAGUGAAAAAUGUGCCAAACAUCCGGACAGUUAUCGCCUCGACGGUACAAACGAAAGUUUUUUUCACGUUUUUAACAUUGCGAUGAAUGAAAGGAUUUGAAAAAAGCGUACAUCUCGUUGUAAGUGUCAACGAGUCUGAUUGAGAGAAUGAAAAAAGGCGAUAAAGUUCGAUAAUUGAGGAAGAGAAAAAGUGGGAAACGAAGGUGGAAUGGAACGAGCGACCGGUCGCUACGUCAUUCGCACUGGCUCUCGUCUCGUUUGCGUAACAAUUCUCCGCUAAAAUAAUCAUCCGUGCACAAGUUUAUGCGCGCGGCUGUUGGCACGAUGAUUGAACGGAGGCACGUGUCUGGACUCGAGAUUUUUUCCAUUUUCGUUGUCUCCGGACGUCGAGACGAAACAUUCAGUUUCCGGUGUUACCGGAGUCGUUGGAUGGCAUUGAGAGUCUGUAAAGUUGCGCGCUGCUCUGCCAUUGACAACAUGAAAAUCCGACCAAUCGUCGCUUACCCUGAACGUGCGUUUCAACAAUUGGCCAUUCGAUCUGACGAUUACGCCGAUGAAACGCGAGCUUUUCUCACCGCUCAUUAAAUAAGAUUGUUCAAAGCGAAACUUGCAACGAGUCUGUGAUACUUGCGACGUUCAAAAAUCCGAGCGAUCGAAUAAUAUCUUAAUCGUAGAAACAAAUCAAUCGAUUCUUCCAAUUUUCAUCGACACGGAAUUUCUAACCUUCCGGAUCGCAUUAUUGUCUACGAAAAUUCAAUAUUUCGCGAGUAACUAUUACUCGCUGGUAGCCAACAGUUUGUAUUACAUAUUUUUAUACCACCGCCGCCGCCACCUCCUUGAGGCCCGCCUUUCGACUAACUUUAUUAAAAUAAAACUCGACAAAACUUU